AGAGAAGGUGAAGAAGAAGAAAAUGAAACUCAGUUCUGGAAGAAGGCGAGACUGAGGUAACAAAUUGAGAGAGCCAUGAAAAAGGUGGCACGUGUGCUAAUUAAGGCAACUGGGACACGAAAUACCCCAAAAGCACAAUUACUGAACUACCCUUCGUCGUACCUAUAACUCUCACUUAUUAAUAGUCUAAAUAAAUAAAAAUAAACUAAACUAAAUAAAAUAAACUAAACUAAAUAAACUAAAAAAUCCAAAAAAGGAGGUCUUUACAUUACACGAUUGUAGUGUAGCUGAUUUUGGUGCUCUAAGCUAAGAUCUAACGACUCAUUCAUUCUCAAAUGGGCCUAAAUCAGAGUUCCACGAUCCAAGUAAUUUGCGGGGCCUAAAGGAUGGGUUUGAGAAUAUGACAAGGCGGAGAAAGCAGCCAUAUAAACCAACUUUUUUGAACCUUACUGAGAAUCAUAAAGUUUGUUUCAACAUAUAUUCCAGAUUGUGAAUAUACGACAGAUUCAGAAUUUAAAUUCAAUGAUUCAACCUUUAAGGUUUUUAGCAUUGAAUUUAUUAUAUCUUAAUUAUGGGUUUAGACCUGCUAAUUGUUGCAGUUUUAGUCAAUUUUUAUGCAUAAAUUUUAUAUUCUGCAUAGUAAGUAUUGAGGUUAAGAUGAACUCGAUACUAUAAGUGACUGUGAGACAUUAAUGGAGUACACUUACUAUAUACAAUACACACUAUGCUUGCUUCUGCUGUCACAAACGAAUAGUAGAUGUACAAAUAUUUUGCAUCACUGACUUAAAAUCUUGAAUCUAUCUCUUGAGGAAAAAUGUAAGAAUUCUUUCUUAAAAUCCUUAAUAAGCCCAUGGGAUUUUUUUGUUUUGUUUUUUUUUGUUUUGGUAGCCCAUGGGAAUUAGUAACCAUUGUUAUACUUCUUUAAAAGUUGAAGCUCUUGUCUUGUUUGGUUGUCAAGGUGACUUGUCUAAUUUCCCAAUUUUUUUUUUUACCCCUUUCCAUCAAUUGGUUGUAAAGUAGAGUUAAUUCUGGCCAUGUGAGUUUUCCAAAGUUUAACCGGUUCCAAGUCCAAUUAAAAGAAAAAUGUUAAGCACCCACAUUGACCAACAACUUAGCGGUGAUUAAAAAGUGAAAAUUUAUCUUAGAAACUUGACAUAAAUUUCAUACUCCUACUAAUUUAAGCUGCCCAGACUUUUUUGAGACCUUCUUAUUCUUUUUGUCCUUUUGAUUGAUUUUGCGAAAAAAAGGAUGACGUGUCAAAUCUUUGCUUGCAUGCAAGGCUUUCUCCUCUAUUAGUCCAAUAGGAUAUAAAGACUAAAAAAUCACCAAAAGGCAAAAGCACUAAUACCAUCAAGAAUUCAAGAUUUUCAAGAACUCUGUUUCUGCUCACUCUCUAAUUGGUUGGUUUCUGAAUAUGUAUAAACUCCCCAAAAAAAAAAAAAAAAAAACCGUAACAACCCAUUUUCUCCAUUUAGUUAGAGUUGAACUUAGUUUGUUUUAUUCUUUCGGCAAAUGGAGAAGCGGACUUAAAAGGGUUUCCUUUUAGUCCUAUAUAUAGUGAGCAUCUGAGUUUUACUUCUGAAUACACAAUUCCCAUUACUGAUUUCUUGAAUUCUUUGAGCUUUCCCUUUUAGUCCGCCAUUAUUCUUUCAACAUUUCUUACUGAUCUUUCCUCUUCAAGAUUCUUUUUACGAACCCCAAAUGGAAGAAACACAAGAACAAAAGUAUAUGUGCAAGUUUUGUGAUAAGAGUUGCAAUAGUAGCAGGUCAUUGGGAGGUCACAUGCGUGGUCAUUUAGCUUUGAUUUCAGCUGCAAAGAAGCAGAAAGAUAGCAAAAUGGGUUCUGAAGAAGAAGAAGAAGUUGCAAAUCAUACCCUUGAAAAUUUCAGCAUUUCAGAUGGUAGCAUGAGUCAAGAAAAGGACAAUGAUAUCAACAUUAAUGAUGGUGAAGAUGUUGACUCAAUUGGUUAUGGUUUAAGAGAAAAUCCAAGAAAAUCUUGGAGGGUUUCUGAUUUAAAGCGUUGGUCUUUGAAAACGACAAAUCUCUGUAAAGAAUGUGGUAAAGAAUUUCCCUCCAUGAAAGCUCUUGCAGGUCACUUAAGGACUCAUUCAAAGAAAGGGACUGAAAAAAGUCAUAUUUGCGAGAAAUGUGGGAAAGGGUUUGCUUCAAUGAGGGCUCUUUUUGGUCACAUGAAAGUUCACUCGAAAAGAUCAAGGGUUGAAUUUGAUCAUCAAGAUUCUGAAUCGAAACAGAGCUUAUCGGAUUUCGAUACCGUUAUUUGCCCUAUUCGGAAGAAGAGAUCAAAGAUAAAAUACAACGCAAACCCUUCUUUUUCUGGUUUGAAUGAACCUUCUUCUGCAAUUAGUGAAGUUGAUGAAAUGCUAGAAGCUGCUAAGUGUUUGAUGAUGUUGGCAUCCGGUGUUAGGGACUGGGAUGAAUACAUUUCGAUUUCGGAGAAUGCUAAAAGUGAAAAUGUCAUUCUUGAUAGUGAAACAUUUCACUGUGCUAAUGGAAUUUUUGAUGGUUAUGAAAAGACUUAUGAAAUUGAUGAAUUUUCAGACAGGUUGAUGUUGAUCAACGCUGAGAUCACAAAGGUCUGCUACUCUACUGAAGUGCAAUUUGAGAAUGAUCCAAGUACAUCAGUUGUAAUGGGGGAUUUUUCUUUUCUGAAUUCUUGUUCAUUCAAGAAUGCAGGGGUUGAUUUUCAUCCAGAGACAAAUCUUUUAGUAUCUGAUGUGGUUAGUUCCCAGCUUGAAAGCAUUGAUGAUAGUUCAGUUGAAUUGGGAACAAUUGGAGUAAUCAGGAAAAGUACUGAGCCUAUCAAAAGUUCAAAGGAUCACAAAUGCCCAAUAUGCUUCAAGGUUUUUCCAUCGGGUCAAUCUUUGGGAGGGCACAAGAGGGCUCAUUACACUGGAUUCACUGAGAGCAGAACUAAAGAGACUGUGGUGAAGAAAUUGGAGGACCUUGCUGAUAAUCAUAAAUCUUUUGAUCUGAAUGAACCUGUAAAUGACGUGGUGGAUGGCGGGGAAAAAGAUGUUGAGCUCAAGCUUUGGUGGGUUGGAAGCGACGAUGCGCUGAUGACAUAAAAUUGAGAUAAUUCAUGAUUCAUUCUUAGUUUCUACUUAAGAGGUUUUAGAACUAGACAAUUCAUGAUUCUUUUUUUUUUUUUUUUGUGUUUGAAUUUCAUCAUUGUAAAGAUAGUUUCUGAGUCUUGGAAUAGUUCAACAGUUCUGUAAUAACACAGGAAUGAUUUGAGUUUCCAGUUUGCUGCCUAAACCAUAAUGGGAAUGUGGCAUACAAAUUACAACGUUACUGUUUACUUUCUGUUCAUGGCUUUCUUGCAUUGUACAUUUUCUCCCAGGCCACAUUACAUUCUGUGGCUACUGUGCUGUCUAGAGUUGGAUUUAAUUUGUUGAGUUGGAAAGAACAAGUUGAGAUGAUAAUCCUUGAUUAUAUAUAAGAUUAAUGAAAAAGAAGCAUCUGGCGUUUGGUGCUUGUUUAGGAAUAAACAAGUUACAGAAACCAAUUGACGUCUCUUGAUCUGAUGAGCUCUAGUGUCCUUUUCUUUAUGGUUGGAAGGCUAUA